AGCCCGUAGUAGCGUCUUGGUUGGUCUGUAAGCUUUUUUGAGAUAGUUGGUAGCGUCUAAAAGGUGCGACGCUUUACCCCAGAAUCAGACUUUCUGGGUUCUAGGGGGGUGGGGGGAGAAACAUCCGGCAACCCUGGGCCACGCUUUCACGGGACAGGAAUCUUCUCGCUGUGGGUGGCGGCGGCGAACCUCACAUUGGGAGUUCCUGGUGCCCCGCUGCCAGCCUCACCCGUUUCCGUUAAUCCUGGUCCCUAGAGGCAUUUGAGCAGCCCUCACCCAGGGUUUUCCCAGAGGCCUGGCGGGCGAAGUCAGCUGUUCCAGGUCCCGGAGAGAUGGAUCCUAGCGUCCAGGAGCCCACAUUCUUGGGAUGGGUAGGGUGGGAGACAGGUGCAGAGAGAAUCUCAGUACAGCGUGAUGCCUUCAAUAUCCAAGGGAGCAACCAGCUUGGGGAGCACUCUUUCUGCCAGAUGUCCAGGGUGCUGCAGAAGGACGCGGAGCAGGAGUCACAGAUGAGAGCGGAGAUCCAGGACAUGAAGCAGGAGCUCUCCACGGUCAAUAUGAUGGACGAGUUUGCCAGAUACGCCAGGCUGGAAAGAAAGAUCAACAAGAUGACGGAUAAGCUCAAAACCCACGUGAAAGCUCGGACAGCUCAAUUAGCCAAGAUAAAAUGGGUGAUAAGUGUCGCUUUCUACGUAUUGCAGGUGUCUUUCCAGGCUGCGCUGAUGAUCUCACUCAUUUGGAAGUAUUAUUCUGUCCCUGUGGCUGUUGUGCCGAGUAAAUGGAUAACCCCUCUAGACCGCCUGGUAGCCUUUCCUACUAGAGUAGCAGGUGGUGUUGGAAUUACCUGUUGGAUUUUAGUCUGUAACAAAGUUGUGGCUAUUGUGCUUCAUCCAUUCAGCUGAAUAGGAAGAUGGAUACAGCUAUGAAACUUUUAAAAAUGGAUUUUCUCUUAUUAGGUUAAAAAUCUGAUUUACACUGUUUUGUUUUUUAAGAAACAAAUGUGCACAGUUUCGAUUUUUUUUUGUUGUUGAAUAUGUUUGUUCUUGGACUUUAUGAGAGAUUCUUGUAAGAAUCAUGAUUUUCUACACCUGUCAUUGAGUGAAGAAAGUCCAGUUUAUGACAUGUGUGUACAGUGAACACCGUCCUAGAUCUGUACGAAAUGUGAAAUGUUUAGGGACAUCUCCGUGCCGUCACUUGUGAUUUGCCCUCUUGUGUAUUUUGGUCAUAUUGCCAGCUGGAAAGUCAAAAUUUUCUAACAACUUUAAGUUCUUUGAAGACUUAGUGCUGUUUUUAAUCCAGUUUAGAAAGUAACUUAAUUUUAAUACCACUACUAAGAAUUCAAAAAGUUCUCCUUUAAUCACAUUCAAUACAACUAAAAGAACAACACUAAUUGGCAUUACUGGGGCUUUUUCUUCCUUGGUUUAAAAUGUCAUUUGUUGAGGAAGCAUUGUGUAGUAUUAUCUACUUACUUGAGGCUGUUAAUUUUUCAUUACAGUGUUUUAUAAAUGUAUCCACAAGACCAUAAUGCAUUGUUUUGUGCUCAAAUUGUGUUUUGUAUUUAAGGCAUUUUGAAUGAAGUGUAUUUUAUAAGCAUUUAAUAUUUAUGCUCUUUAGAAUGGAACACAGAAAACAAACCUUAUAAGGCCUGAUUAAAUUAAUCGGAACCAAUAACCUGUGUGGCCCACAAAAUCUAAUUCUGCUAAAUGUUUCUUCAAACACUUUUUUCUAAUUAAAAUCUUUGCAAGUGCUUGUGUAACUUCCUGCCUUACAGCUGCCUGUUUGCUGUGAGCCACCCGCAACUGACAAGUGGCUGUUAAGUGAGUAACCCUAUCACAGUAAAGCUGAAUUCUUCCACUGGUU